GUCUGGUCCGCGCGCGCCCUCGGUUCGGGGGUUCUGGCCUCGCUCCGUCGGAACGUCUUGGGCAGCAGGCACUGGACGGACCGGCCCGGGGUGUCGGGCUCGCUGUCGGAGAACAUCUCACGGGCGGUCUGGAAGGAAUCCUCGCGCGACGAGCACGACGACCGCCCGCCGUGGCUCAGGCCUGGUCGUCGGUGGGUCGGGGUGCGGCGUGGUGGGGUGGACUCUGGGGUGGGAGGGUGUGAUGGUUUGGGCGAGAUGACCCCUUCGAUCACGGAUGGAGAGACGACGUUCUGUUUGUUACCGUCGUUGGGGCGGGUGUCUUCGUGAGAGACUCUGGGAGGCGUCAAAGGGAGACUGGGAGCUGUCGGGGGAACAACAUCCUGACCGGGGCUGCCAUCCUGACCGGUGGGCUUUAUAGGCAAACACUGGACGGUUUGGAGGACAUGUGUCUUUCGGGGAAGGGCCUUAUGGGACCUGAACAAUGAGCGGUCCAGGUGUUCUGGCGGGGCGGGAGCGGUGCCAACGAUCGCGAUGCUGGGCAUCUUCGCUUUGUUUUCCUCGUCUUUCUCUUUCUUUUUUCCUCUUCCUUCUCCCCCCUUAUUGUUUUUUUAUUUUAUUUUAUUGGGUAUGUGUUUUUGCUUUUUUGGUGACGGUCCCUGACCAUUUGACGGUACAAAUAAGCCGACGAACCCACCGGGAGGGCCCAAGUACAGUUGGCAAACUGGGCGUGAGGGCGGAUGGGGGGAAUGAUUGGGCGUAGGAGCAUGACACCGCAAGUGUUUCAAAGGAGAUUGGACCAGGAAAGCAGAGGUGGGCGUUGCAUAGCGGGACCGGUCGUGUCCCUACAUUCAGGAUUAAAUAAAAUAAAAUAAAAGAUAGGAAAAGUAGGUAAAAGAAAAAAAAAAGAAAAGAGAGAAAAUAAGAUCGAAAUAGAAAAUGGAAGAAAAAAGGGCAAUAAUUAUGGGUUUAUUGAUUUUCUCUUUUUGUUUUUCAAAUCUCCCUUGAUUGUUGACCUCGAUCAGUGUCGUCGCAUGAUUGUUGGAUGCAGAAAGCAAGUGAGGGCGUGGAGAGGCAAGGUGUAAGAAUGAAACCUCACCAACAAAGGUUCGAAAUGAGUAGAGAGAAAUGAAAGAGAGAUGAUCCCACGUUACAGAUCAAUGAGGAUCUUCCAGAGGUAUGGAGAGGGGAUCCAAAUUCCACGGUGAGAGAGAGGGGGGGAGGGAGAAGGAGAGGGAGAGAAGUGACGCGACAAGAAUGCCACGAUGCGAAUGGGAGGCUCUCAAGAUACAAAGCCAAGAGAGGGGAAUCAAGAGGGAGAGAGAUCGUCAAGAAUCGAGGGAGAACAUUCCAGAUUGGUUGACGAUGUCUGCGGUCUGGUUCGGAUUGACCGUCUGCAGCGUUGGCGGAUAUCCCAUCCGGGUCCACGGGGAGGGUUUGUUUGCGAUCAAGUGUGGGGGGGGGGGGGGAUUGGAGAUGAGCGUGGUCUAGUCUAGAACAGAGACUGAAGG